UAAUUUCCUGCUUCUGAAUCAUCUUGUGUAACAUUUCACACCAGUCCUAAACAAGUAGCAUCGUCAGUGAGGUAGAAAGGGGGGUUAAGUGAUGUUAGUGAGGCCACUGUCUCCAUCGUUCUCCCAUAUUUCCUCCGUUUAUUGACGCUAAAAAAUCCUCUCGUGUCCAAACGCGGCCUUUGACUGGCUGUCAAAUGUCUCAGGAGGUGUGUGCGUGUGCCACCCAGCAUUUUCAGGCUCAAAUACUGUGGUCUGCAGCACCUGCGUUCGUGAUUUGUCCCAAUUCUGUGUAACGUCUUAAACUACCAUGGAGCACUGAACACUUUACUGUGUAUAGACCCUAUAAUCGAGCUAGAAUUGGGCAGGUUUUACUCAAACUAUUGUAUUGUAGGCACAGCUCAGUCUGCAGUGGUCAGUGGCUGUCUAAGUUAAAACUGUGGCCUGGUGUUUCAGAUUGGACCACGGCAUCUAACACAAAUCACAGAUCUGAGGUUUUACAGCCAUUAAAGUCUUCAAUGAGUCAGGCCAAAUGGACCCUGCCAUCGAUUUCAUGUGAAUCAGCCUUAAUUCUCAUGAAAAGCAUUCAGCAUUUGCUUGUGUCAGAGAUCAAGCAAUGGACAGACAAUCAACUGGAAGUCUUCUUCAGGUGCUGGAUCGUCACCCUGCUCUACGAUGACUUAUUAAAACAUCACCACUGCUGUUUCAUUGCGACUUUUUUUCGGAGGUAAAAUGCUAGAUAUAAUGUUAAAAUUGUCUUUAAGAUGAUUGCGUGGAAGAUCAUUCUGAAAGAUUAACAUGUAACUGUUGAAGGAGCUCAGGAAGGUCUGAGCAUUGGUAUCACAUUUCCACAAAGAUGAACAUCAACUUCUCUUUUAAAGCAAGAAACAAGAUUGUUUUCCCAAACUAAAUAAAACCCUGGUGUUCAAGCAAAAAAAAAAAAAAAAAAAAAGAUGAACAUCAACUGUUCAUUCUCUAUGAUAGGCUGAGGGUUAUUUUUGUUGGGGUUAUUUUUUUAAAGCCCAAAACACAACCCAAAUGUUUUUUUUAAAAUCAAAUAAAAGUACAACCCAACCAUUUUAAAUGCAUUUUGUUACAUACGUUUUACUUCAUUUCCAUACUUGAUGACACUUUUUUGGGGGGUGGUAAAUAUUGGUUGUUGAAGUGGAGAGGAGACAGUGUGCAUGUUGGAUGGAGUGUCUCUUCGGAGGAUAGUCUGUGGUUAUGGACAUGCAGAAAGAAGGUGAGCAUAGUUAAUUAAUUUCACAGAAAGAAAAUCAUGUUUACAGCAGCAGCCGUUGUUCAAUGACAAAUGACAAUGUAAAAACCUGAUAAAUCACUAUCAGAUAAGCAAAUACAAAAAAAACAAUAUUGUGAACAUGUGCAAAUAGUAAAACACAGAGAUAACCUGGGUAAAAAUAAGAUAAAAUAAUAAAAUGUAGAAAUUUUAUAUCAAGAUAUAGAGAUUAUUUUUCAUAAGUGCUUACAUCCAUGCAUAGUCACUUCUAAUGAUAAUUGGCUAAGAACUUCAUGGAAAACCCUUAACUCGUGCCUUUAUUACACCAACUCUUGAUCCACUGCACUGUAUGGGUCCAAUCCCAUUCGUGAACUGAGUUAAAAUAACUUUGGGAACACAUCAUCUCAACUUGAACAUUUGUGUUCAUUAAUUUGAUGAUUAUUAUUUUUCUUUUAUGAUGAGCCAAUGCCAUUUUUUUAAGUCGUGCUAAAUAGACAUUUAAAGUGCUGCUCUGAAUACGUAUUAACACCUGUAAGUCAUGGUCUGCACUGCUGGGAUUCCUGAUCUUACCAAUGUUGACAAUGACAGUAAUUUUUGAAUAUAUAAAUAUUGUGACAAGUGAUCUCAUGCUUGAAAGUGUCAAAAUAUUUCUAUCAUUUUCAAAUUAUUCAUUGGCAGAUAUUAGAACAUGAUUGAAAGUGUUUUGUUGGUUUGGACAAAAGCCCUUGCUAAAUGAUUUGUAAUGUUAUGUUUGUUCUUUUUUUUUAUUAGUCAUGUCAAGACUGGAGAAUUGCUGCAUGUGACUUGGCUAUGUUGCCAUCAUCACCUACUUGAUCAACACCUCCAAGUCAGAGUCCAUAGUUCCUAGGGAAAAUAUGUGAUAGGGAAUGACUCCUCCACAUGAAGCAUGUAAUAGGAGGCAAUCGUGUUAUCGUGUUAGGUCUUUCUGAACUGGUUUUAAUUUAUAUAGUUGUAAUGGCGAUAUGACUUGAGAUGAAGUUUAUCUCUAACAUCAAUCAUCUCAUAACAGUAAUCAUUAUAUGCAUCAUGUUUAUAAUUUGCAACUGAUUUAUUAGGUACUGGAUUUAGUCUUAAGCCAAAUAUCGAACGACAGGAUAAACCUUAAUGCUCUACAGUAAAUGUUUCAAGUGAAAUGUCAUGUUAGCCGAUAGAUCACCCCUGACUGACACCUUAAAUGUAUAAGUAUAGUUCAUUUAAAAUAAACCCACUCUAAGGAUGAGCAAUAUGGUAAAAAAAUAUCAUGAUAAAUUCUGUCAUUUCUGCGAUAACAAUUAUUAUUUUAUGCUACAGUCGCUCUUGAGACUGUUUUAUGACUUAUUAGUGGAGUUUGUCUCCAACAUCAUUUGUGUAUGUUUAAAUAUGAUAGUUAAAGUCUUAACUAAAGGAAUAAAUGUAUUUCUGACUUUUUGAGUUGGAUUCAAUUAAAAAAAAAAAAAAAAGAAAAAGACGCUACGGUCACAAUCUUCAAAAUAUGAGGCUACAAGAUUUCUGUGUAGAAAAGGAAUUGACAAUAUUGGCCAACAAUUCCAGUCCAGAGUGGACCAUGUUGUGAUUCCCUCCCAUUUAGCCAAGCCCAGUUGGAAAGCCCCAAAAAUAAGACUCCCAUUUUGAUGUUGAACUGGACAUAUCUGAGCGCUCUCAAUCCAAGUCUACAUUUGAGCAGAAGCAAGCGCUCCGCGCAGGUUUAGGCUAUAAGCAUGUGUAUGAUGAGCCAGGCCAGUCAUAGUAUAUGAUUCUGUACCACCUGACCCUUGGGAUUCUGCCAGCUAUGCUCCACCAUGCCCAGCAGCUCACUGAACCAGAACUUUCACUUUCAACAGUGUGAACAAGCAGAUGGCCUCCCAAAAUUGUCUCCAGGUGUAAACUCAAAAACUUUAAACUUGGUACAUGUUUAAUUGCUGGCAUGAACUUGCUGUCCCUCCUGGAGAAUAUGGAUAACAUCAUAGCUUGAACUGUUUGAAAAAGAAAAUAAUUGCCUGCAUGACAAAUCACACAGGCCAUAAACCGACUCUCUCUUACAGGAACUGUUUAUACAAGAGAGAACACGAACGUUUACCAGCAGCGCAACUGCCAUAAUUAAGUGGGAACGUUUUCUAGCAUGUGUAAGGUGUGCUUUCAUUUUUAUUACACAUGUUCGGGAAGUUUGAGUGUUUCUUCCAACCUUGCUUACCUGACAUCAGCGAGAUUAUCGAAACUCACAUGUAUUUUGCUGGGAUCCUACAGUUGUCAUCUCAUCUCUUGUGGUUUGGAUAUGUAAGCUCAAUUCUAUUAAAUCUAAAAUAUCUCAAUUCGAUUUUCAUCGUAUAUAUUUUUUUGUUUUUUUAGAAAAACAAUAAAAUUGUGGAGGGAUGAAGUCCAUGCCUUAAGUGGAGGGUUUCCAGCAUUACUUUCUAGGUGCAUGUUGAGAAGAGAAUCUGAGCAAUUCAAAAUAGGUUCUUAUUGUUUUGACUUGCCUGAACUCAGCCUGAAGUUGUUUGCUCCAAUUUCAGUUUGUGAUCGUAGAUGCAAGUGUUAAUGUCUUGAUUUAGAGAAAAGGUCAUAAAAGGUCUGGAAAUUCUGGGUGAAGUCUUUACUUCCUUGAUAGAUACUUUUUAAGAAGGGACUGACCCAUGGGAGCUCGAGAGGUUGGUCUUCAUGUGGUCCACAUCAGGAGCUUAUUAGAUGAUACCUUUGUCUUCUGUUCAACUGACGUAAAAAAUGGUGUGACCCUUGAUUGUGAAGGUGUUUGACAGCACCGCAAUAGGUAGACAGAAAGCUUGCUUUAUGUACAGGUAUGUUGUGGUUCAGUUCCAUUUGUUGUUUAAGGCGCACUUUUAUUCAGUAAUCGAAUUCCGUCACCCAUGGAGUAGCGCAUUUCAAAUCUGAUUUACGUUAUAUCAAGUUAUGACUUCCAAAACGUCUGCCCGGCUGAAAAUGUUCUGUGUCCCAUACAAAGAGUAAGCGUAAAACAGAGCAUGCUCAUGUUUGUUGCAACAUUUUAACUUGCAAACUUAAAACUAUGUGACCUUGUGUUAAGACGAGGCUGAGAUGAUUUUAGGACCACACUGUUUGUUUCAGUCGAGAUAUGUUUGUCCUGAUUCUUGUUGUGGAUAACAUAAAGUCUACAGUUAAAACACACUUCCUUAUCUCUCAGAAAAAUACAGAACCACAGUAGUCGCUUCAUGAAGUUAGUUAGUGCUGCGUUGAAGAUAUUUAUAUAGUGCAUUCUGUCAUCAAUCCCAUGAUCCUUUGUGGAUUCUGUGAACAGGCUCGGUUCUGUUGACAUAAUGAAAAUCUGGAGGCCAAGAAAUUGGGUGAAACAUUACUCGGAAUUGAUAGUACAGCGUUCUUUCAUGCUUCCGUUUAUGUUAAGAAGGCGUUUCAUCAUGCUGACACUCUAGAUAACCUUUAAAACAGAAAAGCAUAAUAGGGUCCUUUGAAGUCGUUUUAAAAAUCAUUUUGCAUUGGGUCUGUUUGAUCACGGCAUAUGGAAGUGUUUCAGACAAAUGGUAUUUUGAAGUGGUCAAAUAUGUUUUCGACAAGAGAGGAUAGAAAAGACAGGGGUUGUGUAAGCAAACAGUCGCAUCAUAAGACCAACAUACAAAGAUGUAAGAAGGAUUUUUCAUUUGCUUCAGGCUUCUUCAGUUCUACUCUGCAGACAUUGCUAAACAACCAUCAGGCAGUACCGUGCAACACUGCACCAUAGAUGCACCGAAACAAUGGGUGACUCAAACGUACAGAUCCACUUUUGUCACCCAGAUCCUGCGUCACUCCCUGGGAUUGCUGGAUGCAUUACUGAGAUCAAGUUUUCUGUUGCUAACUCAUCACAUAGCUCUGCAACAAUAGACGUCUGCAUAGUUGAAUGUGAGUAACAAAUCGUUUGGACCAGAUAGUACGAAGACACUGCAGGAUGUUUUUAUCUAGUAUGAUUUUUAUUUUAGAUUUUAAUUUUAUGAUGGUGCCUGAUAGCAUAGUGAAAUGGUGAAAUGAAGUCUUUGGUCAAAACUAAAACUGCAACUUUUUUGGUUAACAAAAAAGAUCUUCUGCGGAUCAUGAUUUGUUUGAAAAUCUGUUUCAAAAAAGCUAUUCUACAGGUCAUCGGGCACAAUAUACAGUACAUGUAACAGAAGUGGAAACAUUAUUGCUCUGUGUAGGACAUGUUUUGGUUGAAAUAGGUUUGGCUACCAGGAAGCGUUGAGUGUUGAAAUUAUGAUGGGAGUAAUGGGGAUGGUUGUCUUGAAGGAAUUUGUGUUUGGACUGAAUUCAUGAAUAGGGUCUGGUUGCUAUAUAAAUGUGGAAAAAUUAAAUAAAUGUGGGGUGAAAAAUGUGAAUGGAAUUAAUUUCUGAAAGCAAGAAUUGUCAGUUUAUGACAUGAAAUUUGUUUUAGACAUGUUCAAUAAUGCCAAUUCAGCACAAUGAAACACGGAGAACAAAGGGACAGAAAGAAAAACAUGAGAUUAAAAUUAUGUGUGGCCACGAUUCCAAACCACAGUGAUGGAUCUAAUUUAUUUUGCAGUACUACCUACUAGUAGUAGCACUGACAGGCAGAUCUUUCAGAUACAAUGGACUCAGAGUCACUGAGUGUAAGAAUAAAAAGGUUUUAGGUUUUGAUAUUGGAAGAUAAUUUGCCUUUCACUUUCAAGAAGCUCGUGCUCCAAGUUUCUGCUGAGUGAUGUCAUGCUGUGAUCUCACUCUUUGGCUCCAUUUGUAAAGCUUGCUCUCCUUGAUGUAAGGUGAUGGUUCACAGGGAGUAGUUCAAAGACUCAAAGCAGUAGUGUUCCACAAUGUUGUGACUUAAAUCUCUCAAGAUGUAGCUUAGAAUCAGUGCCAUUCAUGCUUUUAAUACAGGCUUUACAGUCAUAUAUUUCCCGGUGAUAAGGAUGGCCUGGACUCACUCUAAUUGAAUUAUAGAAUCACUCUAAGUUAAAUUAUAGAAAGUGGAACUGAAAAUUUAAUCUCCCUGGAUAAGACAUCUCGACAGCAGACUGUAAAACAGCCAAGAAAGUGAUGGGGGUGCAGUCUAAACAUUUCUGAGGAGUGUCUUAAGUGCGCCGUGACCCACAUUCAACCUCCCAAAGGUGUCAGCUGGUGACGAACGUGUUUGUGCGUAUGUGUGGGCGCGUUUGUGCCACAUCGGGUGUUUUCUGAGUCCUGUCGGUAUUUGGAGGAGAGUGUCGUCCGAACACAUCUGAGUAACAAUGAGUGAGCUGGAACAGUUGCGGCAGGAAGCCGAUCAGCUACGCAAUCAGAUUAGGGAUGCCAGGAAAGCCUGCAGCGAUUCCACUUUGUCACAGAUCACAGCUGGUCUGGACUCAGUGGGCCGGAUACAGAUGCGAACACGUCGCACUCUCAGGGGCCACCUGGCCAAAAUCUAUGCAAUGCACUGGGGCAGUGACUCCAGCGACGGCAGUCCCAGGCUACUUGUUAGUGCCUCUCAGGAUGGAAAGCUCAUCAUCUGGGACAGCUACACCACAAACAAGAUGCAUGCCAUUCCCCUGCGCUCCUCCUGGGUGAUGACGUGUGCGUAUGCCCCUUCUGGUAACUACGUGGCCUGCGGAGGUUUGGACAACAUCUGCUCCAUAUACAGUCUAAAGACUCGUGAGGGUAACGUCCGAGUCACUCGAGAGCUCCCUGGACACACAGGUUAUCUGUCCUGCUGCCGUUUCUUGGAUGACAACCAGAUUCUAACCAGCUCUGGAGACACGACCUGUGCAUUGUGGGACAUAGAGACCGGCCAGCAGGCCACUUCCUUUUCUGGCCACACCGGUGACGUGAUGAGUUUGUCCCUGAGUCCAGACUACAAGACAUUUGUGUCCGGAGCCUGCGAUGCCACGUCCAAGCUGUGGGACAUCCGUGAUGGCAUGUGCCGGCAGUCUUUCACUGGCCACGUGUCGGACAUCAACGCCGUCAGUUUUUUCCCCAAUGGAAACGCGUUUGGCACCGGCUCCGACGACGCCACCUGCAGGCUGUUUGACCUCCGAGCAGACCAGGAGCUGAUGAUGUACAGCCAUGACAACAUCAUCUGUGGGAUCACGUCUGUCGCCUUCUCCAAGAGCGGUCGCCUCCUUUUGGCUGGAUACGACGACUUCAACUGCAAUGUGUGGGACACACUGAAGGGGGAGCGUGCAGGGGUUCUUGCCGGCCACGACAACAGGGUGAGCUGUUUAGGGGUGACGGAUGAUGGCAUGGCCGUGGCCACUGGCUCCUGGGACAGUUUCCUCCGGAUCUGGAACUAAACUUCCUUCCUCCACGUAACUCAAAUCACUGCCCGCCCUAGUGCCCGACCCUGGACCUUCACCCUCCAUCUCAUCUGCUGGGCUGGACCUACGGGGCCGAACACUGUGUCUGUCUCCACCCUGAAACUCACCCUCAGUACGCCCGUGCUGCUCACCCGUGAGGAACGCCUCCGCUUUUUCCUUUUUACUCCCACUCCAAAACCAAACUGCUCACUAACAUGGGUCAGGAGUGUUGCAUACGUGUUUGCUUGUGUGUGUGUCCGUGUGAGUCAGAGCUACACACAUACGGUGCAGGUGUGUGUGUGUCGUGAAUCCGUCAUGUUGGAGCCAUUGAAGAAAGGGGUCUGGCACCAUCACUGUAGUAUGAGAUGAUGCUGUGGCCCCCAGAUUUGAGGCAUUAUUGUUCGAUUACGGUCACAGGACUUGCUCACAAUUGUUUUCAAACAAUUGGCCUUUUUAUUGUGGCUACAUUUGUAUUUGGCUUCCUGAAACUAUUGUGUUCCAUUUAUCGUGUUCACUUAAAGGCCACUCUGUCAAAUGGAUCAUGAUAAGUUUCCCUUUUUAGUUUUUUACUUUGCUUAUUUAAAAUGUUUGAAUAUUAUCAUUGAGGCUCCUACAGUUCCUCCUCCUCUUUAGUGCUCAACAAGGCUCCGACUACAUGAGGAGAAGCAGCUUGGGCAACAAGACUUGUGACUUAGUUUUGAUCUGAACACUUAGCCCUCAGUGCAGCUAUGAAUCGCUGUGUCUAUCAAUUGUGAGUUUCAUGUUGAGCAACUACCGUAAUACCUUGAAUAGACGAGCAACAAACGUUCAGCAGCUGGUUCACAGGCGGAUAGUCACCAGAUCGAUGUGAAUAUAAUUCUACAAUUCCUCCGUUUUGUCUUGUUUACACUAUUGGUUCGACUGGGGUGCAGCAUUUACUGCUCUACACCAGUGAUGUUGACCUCUAAAUGUCCUUUUAAGUUCUUAGAAACUGUUCUUACCUUGUUUUUUCCCUCUUCCAAUGCAUGCACACGUUCAUGCCAUAUCACCCCAGAACGUUUUAGGUUUUUUUUAUUUUUGGGGGGUGGGGGAGGUGGUCAAAAAUUGUGCAGUUGUGCAGCAGCUCACGAGGACCAAGCGCCAAUAUUGUGAAUAUUUUGGGACUCGAACCAUUUCAUGCAAAUCAACAGGCAUGAAAUGUUGACGGAAGGUCCGUCAUUUGUUUUUUUUCGGAUGGACUUCAUGCGAGAGACAUCGGUGGAGACCAUUGGAGGGGAAAAAAAAACAAAAACAAAAAAAAAAAAAAACAAGAACUGCUGUGACUCUAACAACCAGAGAGCAGAGUGAGGUCACCUGGCCUCACUGUUCACUUUCCAAACCGAUGGAUGCACAAUUCCUUUUUAUGGCGUGAUGGGAGUUGAAAACCUGUGCCACUACCAAGUCACACCAGUGCCACCACAAGCCUGUAAAAAUGGAGAAAAAAAAAACGUUUCUUGAAUAUCUAACCUUUAAUUUCGCUCAUUCUUUUCCUCUUCUUCACCAAAAAAAACUAACUAGUGAACGAUUGUAGAAUGCGCACUCACCAACUGUAGUGAUGUUGAGCACAUGUGACCCCACCGAGGGGUCGUCUCUGAUUGUUUUGUCAUCAUGCAGCUUCCCUUUUUUUUGGUUCUUAUGAAGUAUUUUGAGAGUAUAUAAAUGUGAACGCGGUGAGUGACUUGGACCUGUCCACCUGCUGUUUUGGGGGACCACACUUUACGGACUCCAUUCUGCCUUAUACUAGAGGUGAACGCAAGGAUUGAUUCACUCUUUGUUGGUGAGGAACAUCAGAUAUUGGGAGUGUGUUCUCCAGUGAAGCACAUUGUCACUCAACACUACGAAGGCAUGAAAACCACUUCUGCUGUUCCUCCUCUGUGUUUCAGCUGCUUCUUUUUUUUUUUUCCAAGAGUCGCUUUAAGGUGUAGAUUCACGCAAGGGUUGGUGGGGUUUUAAUGUAAACUUCAUCUGUGCCAAUGUUCUCCACAGACCAGAGCUGUGACACACAAACACGUUCGCUCACUCCUCAAGUGCUUCACUCCCACUUUCACGUCCUUGUGACCUAACAACGGGGUCGACUGCCUUCACCGGUGCCAACUGUCUUCUCUCUGGUCUGAAACUGCCGUUUUUGCGCGAGAACACGGCAGGUUUCUGUGGGCGGGAGGUGCUACGACACACUACUCCUGAGCUAUCGUCACACAGUUGAUCAAAGAUGGAAACCCCUCGAAGGUUCGUAGAAGAAUGGAGUGUUGGAGGGGGCUUUAGAGAGUUCAGUCAUGACAUGUUUAAGUACAGUAGCUGUCUUCACUUCAGUAGGUUCUCACACGGCUCUUUUGUUAUAUGAACUCGGUGGAUGCAGUGAUGGUUAGCCGGUGAUGAUGUGGACUUGAUGUUGUCAGGUGCAGGUUUUAGAGCUGUUGAUCUCCAGUUUAGCUUCUGUCUCCGCUCUUAAAUCAAACAGCCACACUUCUGCGUCUGUGCUGAGGAAUCUUCCUCAGUUCUGGAAGUUUGGAAAUCAUUGUGGGAACCAUGAGCCGCUGGAAGCCAAUUCAUUCACUGAUUUUAAAAAAAUUUUUUUUUUUUUUGAACCUUUAAAGCAGGUCAAAUUUGGUGGGAACAUGAUUACAAUUAAAUAUGUCUCAUAGAAAAAUAAACUAUUUUCAUAAUUAAUGACAAAGUGGCUCAGUUAGUUGGGAAAAAAGUUGUUUUAAAUGUCAGUGUUUUGGGUAAAAUUUAACUGUACACAACUCAUCCUUCAAGAAAGCUACUGUCGCUUAAAAAAAAAAAAACCCAAAA